UAAAUGCAGUGCAGGACAGCACAGCAGCACCCAUCUCAAACACAGUCAGCUUUCCUCGCACUAUUUCAGCACCACUCCUGGAAUCUUAUCAUGGAUGUGCCUAUCCAGUAUUCCUGGUACCGCCGUGGCUUCCCAUAUCGAUUCUCUGACCUGUCCUUGGCAGAACCUCUCACUGAUUGGCCACUGGUGUGGCCCUUCCCCUGGUCCUUCCCCUGGAUGCGCCCUCUGUUUAUGCGUUGGUUUAACUGGCCAGACAAUGGACACAGUGAGAUGCGAGUGGAGAAGGAUCGCUACGUCAUUUAUCUGGAUGUGAAGCAUUUUUCACCCGAUGAGCUGUCUGUCAAUGUCAGUGACGAGUUCAUCACAAUCCACGGCAAACAUGAAGAAAGACAGGAUGACCACGGCUAUGUAUCGAGAGAGUUUCUGAGGAAGUACAGGCUUCCUGCCGGUGUGUCAAGUGCUGAUGUGAAAUCCAGCCUGUCGUCUGAUGGCGUGCUGACAAUCACAGCACCACGGGCAUCUCCUGGUCCAGAGCGCACUAUUCCUAUUUCCUGUGAAGACGGUACACAGAAGCAAAAAAUGUAGGGCGGAGUCUUCAGACUCUGUCGUACAACUAACCCCAAAUUUUGCCUGUGUUAUAUUUAACCUCUUACUUUUUGUCAGCAACUUUAGGUACAAAAAUAGACAAGAAUGUCUAAAGGUGCAGGUGGAUUUUAGUGGAACAGAAUCUAACUCAUAGGUCACUCUUUUUCUAAUGUGGUCACAGUAGUUUUCUAAAAAAAAAAUUGUUAAAAUGCUGAGCCACAUAAUAGUGAUCGGAGGUAUAUGGAUGUAAAGAGCACUAUUUCCACAUCAUAAACUUAUUCCAUUAGGCAAUUGGAUGUUAAAUAAAACACCCUGAACUCAUGUUGCAACUGGUUUGCAACAUCAGGUUAAGCAAUUACAAAUGUGAUGAAUAAACUUUCACACAUGGGAUGAUAAAAAUCUGAAUUUGUCAAUCUAAUCUACAGCACAUAAAGUUAGUGGCUACAAGUAAGAUGCCAAAUGUGUUCUGUUCAAUCUCAUGCUGGUUUCUGUACGUGUGAGGAGGAGGUUCUCCGGAGGAAUAAACAAUGAUUUUUGUUUAUUCACAAAAAGCAACCAAAGAAUUUGGGACCAGGUUUGUUCUACACAGAGAGGUAGAAAGAGGGUGACUGAGCUAAAUGGAAAGGAGCAGAAGAAUUGAGAAAGUAAUGUUUUGAGUCAGAAAGAUUUGGAUAUUGGGCUUCUUUUCCACAAGGGAGCAUCACCUCGGAGCUGCUAAGGAUUGUGUCUGUGAAUGUAUGUGAGAGUAAGUGCAUUUUACUUGUAGAUGCAAAAAAAUCCAAUUUUGUGAUGUCGGCAAGAACACUUUGGCGUAUUAACACAG